CGAGUGUUAUUAAAAGCAAGUUGUCUUCUUGGAUUCUCUUAGCUACUAAUCUUGCUUGCUUGCUCAAGAAUGUAGUAGUACCAUUUUUACACUGUCACUCAAUUUCUUCUUCUUCUUCUUCCUUCAAAUUCCCAAUCACACAUAUUGAAUUCUUCAAUGGGUGGAGAAAAUUCAUCAAAAUCAAAACAACAAGUAUCAACAAUGCUUAAACAUGGUUUCAUCUCAGACCCAACCAUCUCUUCUUUCUCACCUUCCAGAACCUUCCCUUCUCCACCACCACCACCACCACCACUAUCCAAACCUCAAUCCCAAUCCCAAUCCCAAUCCCUCUUCGACAUGAUCUCCUCCAAUCAAACCCCUCUCUCCGACGACAACCGCCGCAAAAUGCAAGAUCGGGUCAACAAGCUUCUACAAGAAGCCCAUUUCAUCGGCGGUGAUGUCAAGUUAACGGUGGUUGGGAAAGAAGGGAUUAGGGUUUCGAUGGAUGUGAAGAAGAGUGUACUUGCUGAGAAGAGUAGAUUUUUUGCAGAGAAGCUUCGUGGGAGUGGGAAUGGGAAUGGAAUGGUGCAUUCGGUUGAGAUUAGUGAUUGUGAUGAUGUUGAUGUUUAUGUUGAAGCUAUUGUUUUGAUGCAUUGUGUUGAUCUUAAGAACAGGUUGAGGUUUAUGGCUGAUGCUGGUGUUUCCAAAGUUUUGAACUUGCUCAAGGUAUCAGCAGCUAUCAUGUUUGACCUUGGGGUUAUGUCAUGUCUGGAAUAUUUGGAAGCUAUUCCAUGGACUGAGGAUGAACAGCGGGAAAUCAUAUCUCAAUUAGGUCAUCUGCAGCUUCAUGACUCCAUGCCCGAUGUUCUUCUAAGAGUAACAUCAAGUCCAUCUACUGCCGAAACAGCUGAUAACAUCUUUGCAAACCUUCUUAGUGGUGUUUUACAAGCCAAAGAUGACAAAGCUCGUAGGGAAAUGAAAUCAAUGCUAUCUAAAUUGCUUAAAGAUAAUGCAUUUAAUGAUAGCAGCAAACUUGAUGUUUCUAAAGACACACUCUAUCAUCUUUGCCACAGGUGCAUCAGUUCUCUUGUCCUAUGCCUGUCUGAAGCAAGAGAUACAUGUGAGAGGCUGGAUCGAGGGGUUUUAAUAAGCGAAAUAGCUCGUGAAGCUGACAAUAUUCAGUGGAUAGUUGACAUUUUGAUUGACAAAAAGAUGGGCGAUGAAUUCGUGAAAAUAUGGGCAGAACAGAAAGAACUUGCUGCACUUCAUUCGAAAGUUCAAACUAUUUAUCGCUAUGAGAUCAGUAAAAUCACAGCACAACUAUGUAUUGGGAUUGGAAGGGGACACAUAUUGGUGCCGAAAGAAAUUCGAUUUUCCUUGUUGUCGACAUGGUUAGAAGCUCUUUAUGAAGAUUUUGGAUGGAUGAAGAGAGCUUCUCGAGGCAUCGAUAAGAAAUUGAUUGAGGAUGGACUUGGCCAAACUAUACUAACACUACCUUUAUUCCAACAGCAACUUUUGUUACUCAAUUGGUUUGAUAGAUUUCUUAAUAAAGGAGAUGACUGUCCUAAUAUUCAGAAGGCAUUUGAGAUUUGGUGGAGAAGGGCUUUCAUCAGAAAGUAUUCACCAGAGCCUGAUGAUAGCUCCCAAUUGCAAAUAACUCUGUUUGAUUAUCCAAAAUGAAAAGUAUGCAAGGGUCCUUAAAAUAACAGGAGUGUAAUUAAUUCACAAUUGUAAAUAAUAAGUGACAAUUUGCAUUUCCACUUCUGCUUUUGCCAAAUUUGUAUUUCAUUUUUGUCCAUUUAUGUAUUUUGACACGAACUUACUUAGAGGAAAACAAUGUAACAUAGAGUGGUGAAUAUUAUUUUUUUUGUGAGGAUGGUUGAAUGGAAAAGAUUUAUAAUA